AUGUACGAACUUGAUUGUAAAAUUAGACAAAUUCUGAAAUUUAUUAAGUCCUUUGAAACCAGUACUAUAAUUUCGCAUGAUAGUGUUGGUCCUUCAACGAGCAGACUUAACCCAGACGCAUAUAAUUUCACACCCGAAGCUAGAGUUGAUAUGAACACAUGUGCAAUAGAUUCUAUCAACCAGCAGUAUUCAAUGCACGCCCCUGCAGUUCAUACCCGUCCGUCAGAGAAUGUCAUGUUUCAAGUCCCGUCAGAACCGAGAUCUUCAAAAUCUUGCUACCAUAGGCUUCCAAAGUUAGACUUGCCCUAUUUUAAUGGAGAUAUUCUCAAGUGGCAGACAUUUUGGGAUUGUUUUGAGUCAUCCAUACACUUCAACGACACAUUAACGCCAAUCCAAAAGUUUAAUUAUCUGAAAGCCCAGCUAGAGGGAAGCGCCGCGCAAAGAGUAGAGGGAUUCGCUUUGACAAAUGGUAACUACGAAACCGCGGUCAACCUACUCAGAGAUCGGUUCGGACAACCUAGAAAACUGAUACAUGCUUACAUGAAAGCACUCAUGAAUUUACCCGCACCGACAAAUGAUGCUUUUAGUUUAAGGUCUUACGGAGACCGAUUAGAAUCAUACGUACGAGGAUUAGUGUCACUUGGUCAAACAUCAGAGAUGUAUGGUUCGCUUUUGGUACCUGUAGUUUUGGACAAGUUACCGAUUGACGUAAGAAAAUCUAUUGCAAGAGAACACGGGAGAGAUAAUUUGAUGUUGCAAAAUCUACGAAAAUCAACAACUAAAGAGAUUGAAAUACUUGAGGCAGGACAGGGAGUCAUGGAACCGGACAGAUUGCACACCACAGCAUUUUUCACAGGUUCACAACCAAGAUCACACAAUAAAGGUAAAUUAACUGACACACGGAAGAAGGUUAAUACGCAUACAUUUUUUUUUUGUUCCUGUCAGCACUAUCCAACGGAGUGCUCUGAAGUAACAGACGCAAACGCUAGAAAUCAAAUAGUAAAACAGAAACAGCUAUGUUUUAACUGUUUAGGGUCACACCGGGUGGCCGCAUGUAAGUCUACAAAACGGUGUAAACAUUGUAAUGGAAAGCAUCAUACAAGCAUAUGUAAAGAGAAAGAGGUCAUUACAGAUACGAAGCAGGAGCCGAAAAUACAGCAGACAGCUAUCAACGUGGUUGAAACAUUAGACACAACUAGUGUAUUGCAUGCAUCACAAGUAAGUCCCGACAUUCUCCUAAAAACAGCAACUGCACCAGUUUUAUAUAACGACGUUAAAACAGAAUGUAACAUCUUAUUUGACGAAGGAGCACAACGUUCCUUUAUCACUCAGAAAUUAGCCGAUAAACUUGAAAUUAAAACAACAGGGAAAGUCAGCAUUCAUCUGUCUGCGUUCGCAGAUUUAUCUCAGAAAGUUCGUAACUUGGAAACUGCAACAAUACAAUUACUGACCGACACGGGAGAAAAUGUGCGUAUAAACACACUCAUUGAUCCGGAAAUUGCCGUCCCGAUUCAUAACAGUAUUUCACAUACUACAAGUAGCCUGCCACAUUUGAGAGGACUUAAACUUGCACAUUCUGUACACGGUGGAGAACAAUUUGAGAUCGACUUACUAAUAGGCGCGGAUUAUUACUGGGAAAUUAUCGAGGACAAAAUCAUAAGAGGAAAAGGACCCAUCGCUGUACAGUCAAAGAUAGGAUAUCUGUUAUCAGGACCAACUAUUGGAAACAUCAGCCAGCAGUCAAUAUCUACAGUUCUUUUAAACGUCAUUUCACCCCAUCAAUUGGAGGAGACAGAGAUCGAAAAGUUUUGGACACUUGAGUCAAUAGGAAUCAAUACAUGUGAAAACAAGGAGAACACCAACUAUUUACAGACAUACCAGAACACAGCUAUUGAUUACGAGAAUGGAAAGUACACAGCAAAGUUGCCUUGGAAACUUGACCACCCUGAUUUGCCUUCAAAUAUGGCCAUUGCUAAAGGUAGGACCGAGAAUAUUAUUAGACGUCUAAACCGGGAACAUCAUUUGCUACAAAAAUACAGUAAAAUAAUCAAUGAACAAGAAAAGAGAGGAUUUAUAGAGAGGGUUUCAGAUACGGAAGUAUAG